CCGCGUGUGGCCUGCGGAAGGGGCAGCAGCAUGUCCGCGGAGGCCUCGGAGGCGGCGUCCGCCGAGGAGCAGAAGGAAAUGGAAGAUAAAGUAACUAGUCCAGAGAAAGCUGAAGAAGCAAAAUUAAAAGCAAGAUACCCUCAUCUAGGACAAAAACCUGGAGGUUCAGAUUUCUUAAGGAAACGAUUACAGAAAGGGCAAAAAUAUUUUGAUUCUGGGGAUUAUAACAUGGCUAAGGCAAAAAUGAAGAACAAGCAACUUCCUGCUGACCCCGACAAGGCCGAGGUCACUGGUGACCACAUCCCCACCCCACAGGACCUUCCUCAGCGGAAACCGUCUCUCGUUGCUAGCAAGCUGAUUAAAAGAGCUGAACUGCAUGAACCUUAG